ACACCCCUUGGUUCAGAAGAUUUGCUCCCGGCAUCUCAGAGCGACGCUUUCCGUUUGUUGGAGGAGUAGAAGUAAAUAAACAAAAUGACACGGAAGACCCGAGGCUUGACUCCACCCGUGGCGGCAUCUCAGCAACGUGUGGCUAGUCUAGCUGAGAAGUCCGUUCAACCUGUGGCGUAGGGUGGACGGGAGCUGAAGGAAGGUCGUACCCACUGCCGAAACCACUGCCCCGAGGAAGCGGCACACAAUGCACGCCUUUCAUGCGGCUGGUGUGACUGACCUGAGUUCCCUGUAGCGCUGAUCACUCGCUCAAAGGCACCCUUAUUCUUCGCCUGUAUCCUCUCUGGUGCCGGGCCAGCGUGGUCGAAGGGCUGUAUUACCGCUGAUCAUUUUCUGUGGAAACUAGCCCAAAAAAAAACAAGGUGUGUUGUGGCCAUUUUCGAUGGUUUCCGAUUAUUCUCGAUGUCCAACUUGGUUAGACAGCCAGGAAAAAAAACAAACUUGCACCUCUCAACCGGGUUGUAAAGGACGUCCCCUCAUGUUACCUUCCGCAGAAUCAGACGAAGCCGUUGCCAUUUUCACGGAUUGAAACUUAAUGUAAAUAGACUACAAUUCAGGUAGCUCAAUAAAAAAUACUGCAACUCACUGAAAUACUGAUUUGGCCUUUCAGAUUAAUGAGCAGCUGACAACAGUCGCAAGGAUGGGCUGUGCGGUAAGCACCAAACGGAGAGUAAACAGUUCUGUCCAUCGGGACCGGGCCAAUGGCUUUGAAGCUGGGCGACAGGUUCAUUUUGAAGAUCAAGCGGCAUCAUUUGAACACUCCCAGGCAGCAAAGACAUUUGUUGGAUUAUACGACUAUGAACCAACAAGUGAACGUGAUCUGGGAUUUAAGAAAGGCGAACGCCUUAUUGUGGUAUCAGAAAAAGGAGAAUGGUGGAAGGCGAAGUCCUUGGUCUCUGGCAAAGAAGGUUUUGUUCCCAGUAACUUCAUGGCAAGAGUGGACACAAUAGAAGUUGAAAAUUGGUUCUUCAAAGGAAUAAGCCGGAAGGAUGCUGAGAGGCAGUUGCUGGCUUCAGGCAAUAAAUUGGGGACAUUUCUAAUCCGAGAGAGUGAAACUAAUAAAGGUGCCUUUUCGCUGUCUGUGAAGGACCGUGACUCUAAGUAUGGUGAUAUAGUGAAGCACUACAAGAUAAGACUACUUGAUGAUGGUGGUCAUUAUAUCACCCCGAGAGCCACAUUCUCCAGUUUACAGAAAUUGGUUCAUCAUUAUUCAAAAAGUUCAGAUGGACUGUGCCAACGUCUCACUAAGCCAUGCCCCAUGAUGGCUCCUCGAAAGCCCUGGUGGCCCGAUGAAUGGGAAAUUCCAAGAGAAGCCCUGAAGCUUGGAGCUAAACUUGGAGCUGGGCAGUUUGGGGAAGUUUGGAUGGGUUACUAUAAGAACAAUACCAAAGUUGCCAUUAAAAUGUUGAAGGAGGGCAGCAUGUCUCCACAGGCUUUUCUGGAAGAAGCCAACCUUAUGAAGACACUUCAACAUGACAAGUUGGUGCAGCUGUAUGCAGUUGUGACAAAGGAGCCCAUAUAUAUAGUGACUGAAUUUAUGGCAAAAGGUAGUUUGCUGGAUUUUCUAAAGACUAGCGAAGGAGCAAAGUUACAGAUGACAAAAUUAAUUGACAUGUCGGCUCAGGUGGCAGAGGGCAUGGCAUAUAUUGAACAGAAAAAAUACAUCCACAGGGAUCUGCGAGCUGCCAAUAUAUUGGUAUCAGAAGCAUUGGUCUGCAAGAUUGCAGAUUUUGGUCUUGCCCGACUUAUAGAUCAUGAAUACACAGCACGUGAAGGUGCCAAAUUCCCUAUCAAAUGGACAGCACCAGAGGCCAUUAAUUAUGGCACCUUCACAAUCAAGUCUGAUGUCUGGUCCUUUGGUGUACUUUUAACGGAAAUUACAACGUAUGGGAGAGUACCAUAUCCAGGGAUGAGCAACCCUGAAGUAAUCCGGAGUUUAGAACGCGGCUAUCGAAUGCCUCGCCCCGACAGCUGCUCAAAUGAACUCUAUGAUAUCAUGUUGAACUGCUGGAAAACUGCUCCAGAAGAUAGACCCACAUUUGAAUACUUACAGAGUAUUCUGGAGGACUUCUUCACAGCCACAGAAGGGCUCUAUCAAUCUGCUUAGCUUCAGGAACCUACCUAGUGAAAGAAGCAGAUGUUUGUCACCGGACCUCUAAUUAAACACUGUGUUUUCACUCAAGUGUUGUUGAAAACAGUUCAAAGAAAACCAGCUUCUUGUGUGUUUUGUCCUAAUUGGUUUGCCAUAAUUGUUUGGUUUUAGCCCUAACCAAGCCACAUUUUGGGCUGAUGUUCUGAAGACUUGUUGUUAAUAGAAACGUGCCUGCAGAAGAAACUGUUGGGAUAGUUUCAUUGGAAGUGCCUUCCACAAGCUCUUGUGAGCAUAGAAAAAUCUCAUUCUUGAUUAAGUACCCCGCCAGCAUUUUUGACGGCUGUUUCUCCUUGGGAUCUUUGGCUGGUUUAGAUAAAAUUUGUGUGCACUUUUCAUGCUGACUUGGGAAACUCAUUCCAAGCUUGUCAUCUCGAAACCUUCACAUUAUAACUUGUAGCUGUCUAGCUGUUUCAGUUCACUGACUGAAUGCUAGAAACAUUGAGAGUUUUUCAUUUCAUUUUCAUUAUGUUCUAUAUUGUUUUGAGAGUAUCCAAACAAUUUCAUAUGAAACUAUAAUUGCUUAUGCUGGAAGUUUUCCUGAAGCUAUAUUGGCUGUUCUGGCUUGUUAAUGUAUCACAAGGUGUAAGCCAAAAUUUUUCAAAGCUACAGAUUUUUCUGAAGUUUAAAGCACCAUUGAACUCAUGUUAAAAUAAUCUUGCUUUUUACUUGAAUAUGCACAAUUGUUCACAUCUAAGCACAUUGCUUAGAGACUGUACAGUGCAAUUCCAAUUAAGUGGUUUGCUGAUUUUCCAACUGUUGAGUGAUGCAGAUCAUGAGAUCUUAACCUUGACUCUAGCUCAAGCUCUCUGAUUACCAUCAAUUUACAGAGGUAGAAGUUUAUUUAAGAACUUCUACUGAACACCGGACCAAAAUAUGAUAUGCAGAAAGGGUUGAGAAUUCAUCCUUUUAAAAGACUUGUGGUUUUGUAUUUUGCAGUUCAUGGAACCACAUGAUUUGAAAUUAUUGUCCUGCUAUAAAUAAAGAAUUUAUUGAAGAAGUGUCUUCAAACUUCAACAUUAACUGUUCCUUUUUCCACAGAUACUGUCGGAUCUGCUGGUUUUUUUCCAGCAUUUUCUAUUUUUAUUUCAGAUUUCCAGUGUCUGCAUUUCUUCACUUGACAGAAGAUCAGUGGAACCAACACAUUUAGGACUGAGAAAUACAGUGAUGCACUUUCCUGAGCUGGGCACUCUUUCCAUUUAAAUCUGAGGCUUGCAAUCUUUGCAAGGUAUUUUGCACAUUCCAAUGCGUCAUGUGUUCGAAGUUACUGAUUGGCUAAAUAUGCUUGCUGCAAGAAGUAUGAAGUCAAAUCAUGUGGUGUCAGAUUGUACCUUGUUCAUCAGAGGCAUUUUUCAUUACUUCAAAUAAAUGUUGU